AUGAAGAUAACGGAACUAAAGUUUUUGUUGAUAAUUUGUAUUCCCUGUUUUUUACUAUUAAGUCGUGUUGGUUGCAGCAAUUCAACAGUUGAACACCAUGAGGUUCACAUCGAGCAACUUGAUGAUGUUCACAUCGAACAUAGUAAUACACAAUUGGCAACGGCUCGGGAAUCCGUGGAGCUGCUUGUACCGAAGAAUCUGAAGAUGAAUGAUAUCAACGAUUAUCACGAAAUUGUGCUUCCCGCUUAUUCGAACACUCGCAUCCGGCUUACACAUUAUGCCGAAAACACGGACAAAAAUGUUGGCUACGCAUUGGUGCAGCUAAAUGCCUACGAAUAUAACGUUACUCUCAGCUACAACAGCACCCUCGUCGACGGUGGCCAUCUGACGGGACAGAAUCUGGGUUUGGUGCUGUACGGCGAUGGAGAUCUGUGGGCUUUCAACCUUGAUCCAACGCAACCGGUAUGGGUUUCGCUUGUGCUGAUGAUCUACAAUGCUUCCGCGCCGGUGCCCGGUGGCUGCAAUUUGGAGUUUCCCGUCGAAACGUCUCCGAUUUUAAACCUUACCGUUACGCCGGACAUCAUUGUCAUUGAUACGCCACCGGCUGCCGUAGCUCGCGCCUUCCAGGACGCGAAGAAUGCGUGCGGCAAAGCGCGACUUCAGUACGAAUCGUACUACAGUGUAAUGGCCAAACAUGAUUUCUCGCUGAAGUCCUACUUCAACGCAAUACGAUCGUUAAUUAGCUAUGCGAACGCCAAAGCUAACGGGCAUCAGAACACACUGAGCAGCCCGCUGCAAAUAAAUCGCCACGAGUACGGCCGACAAACCGGGCGGGGCAUGGUGUUCGUCACGGUCGUCAUCGAUCCGGUCCAUCGCGGAUUUUCACUCUACGUACCAACAUACUCUUACUCCUGCCAGCCGUUCAUCGAGCUUCCCGAAUGCUACGGCCACAGCAUUCCGUGGCGCAUACUGGCCCUAAUGAUCACCUGCUUAGCCGCGCUGGAGAUUGUCGUCGGGUGGCUGCCGGUCAUUGUGAAGAGCCCCAUCCUCACGGGAUUUCUGUUCGUGUUGCUGGGGAUAUUGGGCCUCCAACACGUGCCAAUGCUUUUGCCAUCAGCGACGCCCUUGUUAAUGGUUGCGUUUAUCGUGGGAGUAGCGGUUGGUUUGCUGCUGGCAAUGUUUGUACCACAAGUCUCACGUAUAGUGUGUGCCUGCAUCUCUGGGUAUCUCAUCAUGAUCACGCAGAUUGGUCUCAUAAACGGCAACUACUACACCAUUCCGAACAUCUCAUUCUACAUACUGCUCGGAGGCUGCUUUAUCGGUAUCUUGCUCAGCUUCACACUAAACAUUGUGCUCAUUACCCGAUCGGUAAUCUUCGGUGCAAUUUGCCUCUUCUACGGUAUCAAUGCGAUGUUUAGCGGCCGACUCGACUAUCCGUUACGGCACCCGUUUCACCGACUGUAUGUGCCAAAUUACGAAACGGUUCACUACGAUCCAGGGGUAGAUGAGAUUGAUUGCGCGGCGUUGGCCGCGUUCACGAUCAUUUUGAUCGUUUGUCUGUUUCUGCGAUCGCGCUACCAACCGAAUACGGUUCAGAGCGACUUUGAGUUAUCGUGUGGCGCGGCACACAUGGCGGAGGACGACGAUCUGACACAUUCGAGCGCGGUCAUCGCGGCGGAUGAUACGACCGCAUAUGAGCGGUUUGGCCAUGAACAACCGAUCAUUACACGCUGGGUCAGUGGCGAAGAUGAUGUGUUUGAAUCUCCCGCAAGUAACUCCCGCUUCUUCCGGCGUCUUAUGCGGCAGUCGGCCAGAAGAUAACCCUCAAAGCCGUGAUCUGAUUUGAAUGCCGCGAUCUGACGAGGGUAGUAAGUGUAUCGAAAGGGCAGCGUACUGAUUAUUGGAAGUAUUUCUGCGUUAUAGAGCGUACCUCCUGCUGCUAGUUUGUAACUCCUUUGAGAAAUCGAUCUGAUUACAUUAAAAUUUCAUU